AUGGAUUCAAUCUUUGCACAAAUCGCCAAGGAGGGCGUGAAGUUCGCCCCUGGCGACGAAGAGAUCUGGCGGGAGCUCUAUGAGCCCAUCUACGAUCACGCACAGGGCAUUACGGUCAUCAGCGACCAACGAUAUGGUCCAGCCACUCGCAAUCUUCUAGACAUCUACGUGCCACCAUCAGCCUCGCCAAAACCAAAGUCUGGCAGGCCAGUCUUGUUCUAUGUUCAUGGAGGCGGUUUCAUCUCCGGGGAUAAAGCGUGGAGCAAGAACGUCUACGCCAACAUCGGGCACCUCUUCGCUUCCCAAGGCAUCAUUACUGUUUGUGUCAAUCAUCAAUUUGUGCCUGAUGUCCAGUACCCCGGCGGCGCUGUCGAUAUGCAAUUGGCACGUGAGUGGGUGUUUCAGAACAUUGGCUCAGCAGCAUUUGGAUCAGGGGACAUCGACAAAGUCUUUUUGUUUGGGCACUCCUCAGGCGGCGCACAUAUUGCCAUGAACCUGUACGCCGCUGGCGACAAGGACCGUUACGACGAGCUAUCGAGGCGCCGUAGUGGAGAUCCGGCAGCGCUAUGGCCUCCGGUCGCUGGCGUGAUCUAUUUGGAUUGCCCGUUCUGGAUGGACAGUCGCAAGCCCGGCCGGCAGUACAGUCUUGGCCACUACUAUGGGUCUUUUCAAGACGAAGUGUGGUACCCAAAGUCGCCUUUAGGACUCUUUGAGCAGCUUCCAGAGUCGAGUCCGGCACUCAACAGUCAGUGCUUACCGACAUUCCUAGGGACAGUCGAGUGGGAGGUACCCGAAACGAGCGAAGCGACCAUGCGUUUCUUUGAGGCAUAUCGGAAGAAGAGCCAACCCCCAGGAUCACUGCCAUUGAUGCGUGUGUUUCGGAAGCAUAAUCAUCUCUCAGUGGUUCUCAGCAUCGGUACUGCGGACACAAGCGUCACUGAUGCUUUGUUGGAGUUCAUCCGAGAGACUAUUGGCGGCCGUCACGGCGGGUUGCAGACUGUUCAGUCGUAG